CCUGUUUUCGCGGUAACGUCCCUAGCCGUUAGUUUUGUGCUAAGCUAACAGGCUGCUAACCACAGGAGUUGUUCAACAUGUCGGAUUUAAAGAGUUUUAAAGCUGAGCUCACGGGGAUCGUCAGCAGCCUGGCCCGCGCGCUGCUCACGGAGAUCUGCUCCGCGGCGGAGAGAGUCUCCGUGAGCAAACACAACCCCGAGGAGGAGGACCAGCUGAGCACUCUGCUGGACGCUCUGUGUGAGGAGGCUGUGGAGAACAUCCUGAAGACCCUUCAUCUGAGGGACCAGCCGGAGGAGGGGGGUCUGAUGGAGACCAGAGGAGGUGGAGGUGAGCUCCCCCCCGCAGAGCAGAGCUACAUCCUGGUGCUGGGGAGCGCCGCAGCAGACUGCAGCCAGCUGCUGUCACUGCAGAGCCAGGCUACCGCUAAAGCUAACGGUGACGCUAACGCUAAAGGUAAAGCUAAAGCUAACGGUGACGCUAACGCUAAAGGUGACGCUAAAGCUAACGGUGACGCUAACGCCAAAGGUAACGCUAAAGCUAACGGUGACGCUAACGCUAAAGGUGACGCUAAACCUAACGAUGAUGCUAAUGCUAAAGGUAACGCCAAAGGUCACGCUAAAGCUAACGAUGACGCUAACGGUGACGCUAAAACUAACGGUGAGGCUAAAGCUAACGGUGACGGUAAUGCUAAAGGUAACGCUAAAGCUAACGGUGACGCUAAAGCUAAAGGUGACGCUAAAGCUAACGGUGACGCUAACGUUAAAGGUAACGGUGACGCUAACGCCAAAGGUGACGCUAAACCUAACGAUGAUGCUAAUGCUAAAGCUAACGGUGACGCUAACGCUAAAGCUGAAAAUCAGACGGUGUGUGUGGACCCCCCCCCACAGGCUGAGAUCCCCGACCAUGAGUACGCUCUGUCCUCCCCCCCAGCCGCCGCCACAGCAUCCCGCAGCCAGAGGCAGCGCUGCCGCUCGCGGCGCAGGAGCUCCCCCGACACAAGUCAGAGCCAGGCGGCAGGAAGCCCCCCCCUCCCCUGCCCGCAGUGCCGCAUGCUGCUGCCGAGCGCAGAGCGCCUCUCGGAGCACCAGAGGAAGGCCCACCCGGCCUGCUCGCUGUGCGGCGCGGCGUUCAGCGGCAUCCUGAGGCUGAGGGAGCACCAGCGCAGCGAGCACGGGCUGCUGCCCUUCAGCUGCAGCUUCUGCAGCAAGAGCUUCAACCACAAGGCGCACCGCGAGCUGCAUGAGAAGGCGCGGCACACCGGUGAGAAGAGCUACCACUGCGAUGUCUGCGGGAAGAGCUACUCCUGCGUCAGCGUGCUGAAGACGCACCGCCGCACGCACUUCGACCGCAUGUUCAUCUGCGACGUCUGCGGGAAGAGCUUUUUCCAUGCCUGCCACCUGACUCGCCACCAGCUCGUGCACGGGGGGGAGCGGCCGCACCGUUGCAGCUCCUGUGGGCGGGGCUUCAUGCAGGCCUCUAACCUGCGCAGCCACCAGGCUGCGCACCGCGGCGACACGCAGCUCUGCUCCGUCUGUGGGAAGAGCUACCGCCACCUGAAGAGCCACAUCCUCAGCCUGCACGCUGCCGAGCUGCCCCCACCCUCGGAGCCGGGCUGUCCCCCCUUGUCGCCUGCCAGCUGUGCAGCAGAACAUUGCCCCCCCCCCUCUCAGCUCAGGGAGCACCAGAGGAGCCUCAGUGCAGAAAAACCCUUCAGCUGCGACGUCGGCAGGAAGAGCUUCCUCAGGGCUCACCUGCAGACCAGAGCCCACCAGACCCCUGACCCCUCACCCUGACCCCUGACCCCUCACCCUGACCCUGACUUUUAAACUCUGAGAAGUGUUUCAGAAAUAAUGCUGGAUGUGGUUUGGAACAUCAUAUGGGGUUCAAUCACGGCAGCGUUUAGCUGAGUCUCUCCGUCAGAAACUCUUCUCUUCAGACAGAGAGCUGUGCUCCAAAGGGGCGUGGCCAGCUUCAGCUCCAAAGGGGCGUGGUCAGCUUCAGCUCCAAAGGGGCGUGGUCAGCUUCAGCUCCAAAGGGGCGUGGUCAGCUUCAGCUCAUUUGCAUGAAAGCAAGCGACAGUCACAGAAUCAGCACUUCAGGAACAGGGCUGAAACACAGAGAUAGCGGAAAUGCAUGAUCUGUUUUGUAUUUUGAGCAAAAGACGUCAGAGACAUGUUUUUAAUAUAUAUUUGAGACCUAUAAUAUAUGCCAUAAAAGAUCAUAAUAGACACAUAAAGUGUGUGUGUGUGUGUGUGUGUGUGUGUGUGUGUGUUUGAUUCAAAUUCAAGAAGCUUUAUUUAUCCCGAGGGAAAUUGCUGUGCUGUAGCAGGACAAAGUGGGAAAGUAAUACAAAGUGAGAGGUAACAUCAAACUAACAUAAAACAAACUAAGUAAGUAAAAGCAAUAAAAUGACAGUUAAUACGUAGGUAUUUACAAUAUACAACAACACGCUCUGCGCAGUUUAGCAGCAUAUAUCAAAUAAAAUCAGUACAACCUAAAUAAAGUGAUUUUGGCCUCAGGACGCAGUGUCUCCACUGUCCCUCUGACCUGACGUAGAGAAGUUAAAGAGUCUGAUGGCCACAGGAAGGAAGCACUUCCUCUGGUGUUCUUUCUUAACCUCUGUACGAGGUUAGCACCUGGUGGAGAGGGUGAGCGUUGUUGUCCAGGAUACUAUGCAGUUUACUCAGCAUCCUCCUCUCAGACACCACCAACAAAGAGUCCAGUUGGACCCCCAGGACGGAUCCAGCCUUCCUGAUGAUCCUGCUGAUCUUGUUGGCGUCUGCUGCCCUCAGCCUGCUGCCCCAGCACACCAAAGAGGAUGGCACUGGCUACCACCGACUGGUGGUAGAACAUCCUCAGCAUGAUGCUACAUACGUUGAAUGACCGGAGCCUCCUCAGGACAUGGAGUCGGCUCUGGUUGUUCUAAUAUCUGCAGAUUACCAGCAGCUCGGAUCACUGGAGUCACAGAGGUGAUUACAUCUGCUGAACAACCACAGAGGUGGGACUAAUGUGUGUAUACAUACUGUAAUCUGCCCCCCCCCCCCCACACACACACACACACACACAGCUGGAUCACACACACACAUCAAUUAUCAUCCCUGCACAAAGUGGAAUUAUGGGGGAUUACUCGCUGCACAAACGGAUUACAGAGACCUUAAUGUGAAGCAAGGGUCGGAGGUCAGCCCCCCCCCCCCACACACACACACAGAGACCUAAGAUUCAAACUCUCAAAGCUUUAUUGAGCACAACCGACAACGACAUGCAGGUCCACUGGAGGGAAGACAACACGAGCACAAGGAAUGUUGUUGUUGUUUAUAUUAUCUCCUGGACUCCUUUGUUUACUUUCGGAACUUGGUGACAUCACUACGGAACACUCAUGCUCCUAUACACUAAGGGGGCGGGACAUCACUAAGCGGUUGACCAAUCAGAGCAGAGCCGGCCAGCUGACACAAGCACGUUUUGGAAGCGUUGUUUGGGCUUUUAUUUUGAAAGUUCAGAGGUGACAGGAAAUGCAUGCAGAGGUCAGGAGCUUUAUUAUUGUUGUUAUUGUUGUUAUUGUUAUUAUUGAUUAUUAUUACUUCAGAUAAACUGCUGAUGCCUUAAUGAGAUUAACCCAAAUAUCACUCAAGUCAUUCAGCGUAACAAGAAAAGAGUGUGUGUGUGUGUGUGUGUGUGUGUGUAAUCCAGAUGUGUGUGUGACAGCUGGAUGCCUGAUCUGUUUUUCUCUGGUCAUAUAACAGUUGGAGACAAACAGGACCCCCCCCCCUUUAAACCCAUUGACAGAUUAAUGUCCCAGCCUGCUCUGCACUGGGACUCAUUAUGGGAUGUGAUUACUGGACAAUGCAGAGACAACCAUCUUAUUGUUGUUGUGUACAGAGAAUUUGUUUAUUAUGGAAACAUGUUUUAUAUAUGAACUACACCAUGGGGGGGGGGGUGUGAUGGCCCCCCCAGGACUGCUGACCUCCACCUGGAUCCUCUUCCUCUUAUUUACAGCCUCUGGACUCCCUCUGCUGUAAACGUGUUACCUGUUUAAUUUAACAUCUACUGCAGCUCUGUCCGUCCCGGGGGAGGGACCCCUCCUCUGUCGCUCUCCCGUUAACCUGGGGGGUUUCUUUGGGAGGGUCCGAGGACAG